AUGCCGGUGUCAAUAGGCGACGAUUAUCCGUAUUUGCCACGGCCCUUUGUCGUGGCGUUUGCUGCAGUGGCCCUUCCGACCGUAUCGGUCCCGACACCUGCGGCUGUGGGGAUGUCGUCGCUUCCCGCUCCUGGAUCUGCGCUGUCGUCUGUGACUCAUGCUGGCCCAGUCCCUGCGCCUGCUGCGGCACCAGCUCCUGCUGUGGCCUCGUCGUCUGCGCCUGCCGUGGCGCCUGGUCCUGCGCCUGCGUCGGCGACUGCUCCCGCGCUCGCCUCAGCGUCUGCUCCUGCGCCCGCCCCUGUGCCAGCUGCGGUGUCUGAUCCUGCGCUUCCUCCUGCGCCUGCUCUGGCGGUUCCCCUUGCUCCGGAGAAAGUGUCUGUACCCGUGCCUGUUGUCGCGGCCUCGUCUGCGGCUGUUGGGGCAGCCUUCGUGCCGCCACAGGCUGCACCUGCCGUUGCGCCUUCUGCUGCUGCUGCGGACCCGUCUUACCAGCCACCUCUAGCCACCAGCGCUGGCCCGAGCCAGGCUGAGGUUCAGUCGACGCACGUGGCGCCUCUGAUUGCUCCGUCCGGGCAGUCUCGUCGCCCUCAGUCAUCUGGCCGCCGCCCAUACCGUCCUCACUCACCCCUCCCGCGCGAUGAGCAUGAGUCGUCGCGGCGCCGGCAGGAUUCUCCUCGGGGCCGCCGAUCCCAAGGGAACUGGACCGCGCGCCGUGGCGGUCGAGGUGGCUGGUGGGGAGGUCGCGACUAUGGACGUGGCGCUGCCUCAGAGGAGCCUCCGAUAACUCCGGCGGAGAUCCGCCAACUUGUAACGGCGGCGGUGCGUGACGCUCAGACUGAAACGGCGGGCCCGAGUCACCCGCCGCAUGCGGCGCCGCGUCCUGGCUUGUGGCGCCUCUCGGAGAGUCUUCGGGUGCUCCUUCUGGUGCAGGUGACUGCUCACGCGUCUCUUCCACCCGUCCCUGCAGAUUCUCUUCUUGACGGCCCGCGGGACGACUGCUUGGACGCGGCGGACCAGCUUGCCCUCCUCCUGGCGCCCGUGUUGGCUGCGCCCGUGAGGGGUGGCGUAGCGGCUGUGGGACAGCUUGAUGCGUCUGUCCGAGGCCUGCGACGGUACUUGCGUGCUGGCUCAGGAGCCGACGUGAUCGCAUCAAGUACCUUGGUGGUCCGAGAGGUGUGGCGGACUCUCUCUGGCCUCCUCGCCGCUCUUGAGGCGGACCGGAUGUAG